AUGGUUGAAGCUCCUGUAUACAAUGCAUCCAUCCCAGCAGGCGGAGAUCCGCUCAAAGUUGAUGUGAACUCCCAGUACGCUGGAGUUGAGUUCAACUACAUCUACAUCAUACUUUGUGCCUUCAUUGUGUGGCUCAUUAUUCCCGGAGUUGGACUUCUCUACAGCGGUCUUGCGAGGAGAAAGUCCGCACUUGCAUUGCUCUUCCAGUCUCUUAUGAUCGUCGCGGUAACAACUUUCCAGUGGAUAUUCUGGGGAUAUUCGCUCACCUAUGCCCGCGAUGCAAGCCCGUUCAUCGGAACACUGAAGAACUUUGGGCUGAGAAAUGUGAUGGCAGCGCCGUCGCCAGGGUCGGGGAACCUGCCAGAGAUCGUGUUCUGCUUCUAUCAGCUACUAUUUUGCGCAUGCACAGUUAUGAUCGUUGUCGGCGGAGCCUUUGAGCGAGGAAACAUCAUUCCUUCGCUGAUAUUUAGUUUCUGCUGGGCAACCGUUGUGUAUUGUCCCCUGGCUUGUUGGACAUGGAACAGCAACGGGUGGCUGUAUAAUCUUCCCUCAUUGGAUUUCGCUGGCGGCGGCCCUGUUCACAUUGCAUCGGGAUGGUCGGCUUUGGCGUAUGCUUUCGUGCUAGGGAAGAGGAAGCAUCUUGAUCAGCCUUCCCAUGCAAAGCCUCACAACACGACUCUCGUUUUCAUAGGAACUGCAUUGAUUUGGUUCGGGUGGUUUGGAUUCAAUGGCGGGUCUACUCUCAACGUCAACAUGCGUGCAAUGCUAGCAGCAUUUAACACCAAUACAGCAGCCUGCACUGGAGUGCUUGGAUGGGUAUUGGUAGACUAUAUCAAGUAUCGCGGCAAGUUUUCGGUGGUAGGAGCCUGCGAAGGUGCCAUCGCGGGGCUGGUUGGCAUCACCCCGGCGGCGGGUUUCGUCUCCAUCUGGCUGGCCGCAGUGAUCGGAUUCAUCACCAGCGCAGUUUGCGCCCUUCUCCAAGACAUCAACGAAUGGGUACACAUCGACGAGGGAAUGGAUGUGUUCAAGCUCCACGGGAUUGGUGGCAUGGUUGGGGCCUUUCUGACGGGUAUUUUUGCCUCGGGGUCCAUCGCCGCUCUAGACGGGACGACCGAGGCGGCGGGUGGCAUUGACGGCAACGGGGUCCAGGUGGGGAAACAAUUGGCGGAGGUGUGCGCGAUCUCCGCGUACGCCUUCACGGUCUCGUGUAUCUUGCUUUACAUUUUGAAGUUUAUCCCGGGUAUGCAGCUGCGCGUGCAUGAGGAGGCGGAAAUGGUUGGCUUAGACCGCGCGCAGUUUAUCGAUGAGCAGAUCGGGGAACGGGCGUUGUUGGACGAUCUCUGCGGGUCGUCACCUGGUGCCAGCGUCUUAGGGGAAGUGGUUGGCCCCGUCGCCAAGAAAUAG